AAAAUAAAAUAAAUAUUUUUCUUUAUCCGAAUAUAAUCUGUGAACACCCCUGAGAUUCACAACGGAUUUUGCAAAACAACAACAGCCACUAACACCAUUACCUCCCAAUAAAAAUCAUCCACCUCAUCUUCCCAUCUUAUCCAAUAGAUUUCAUACAUCCACCCAUUUCUAUUUCUUCCCACCACUUUAAACUUUGAUCAUACUUCCCACACUUUCAAAACCCUAAUCCAGAAACCAUCAACCCAGAACAUGUCUUUCACAAUCUCCACAAGCUUCUUUCAACCCCUUGAAGUAUCCAAUCUCAAAUCAUCAUCCAAACCAAAGGUUGUUGGUACAAGUAUCGUGUGUUCAGGAGCUACAGAAGACAACAAGAGCAAGAACACCGAUGGAAAAGGGUCGUUAAAGGCGUUGUCAGCUGCACUUGCACUAUCUUCGAUCCUGGUGUCGUCGACUGUACCGGUGCUACCGGCGUCUGCUGAUAUAUCUGGGCUCACUCCGUGUAAAGAGUCUAAGCAGUUUGCCAAGAGGGAGAAGCAGUCAUUGAAGAAGCUUGAGAGUUCUCUUAAGCUUUAUGCACCUGACAGUGCUCCUGCUCUUGCUAUUAAGGCUACCAUGGAGAAGACCAAGCGCAGAUUUGACAACUAUGGAAAGCAAGGAUUAUUGUGUGGAUCGGACGGGCUGCCACAUUUGAUCGUAAGUGGAGAUCAAAGACAUUGGGGAGAAUUCAUCACCCCCGGGAUUUUGUUUUUGUACAUAGCUGGAUGGAUCGGGUGGGUUGGAAGGAGUUACUUGAUUGCUAUUAGGGAUGAAAAGAAGCCUACACAAAAAGAGAUUAUCAUCGAUGUUCCUUUGGCUUCUAAGUUGGUAUUUCGUGGGUUCAGUUGGCCUGUUGCGGCUUACCGUGAGUUCUUAAAUGGGGAACUCAUCGACCCGACUGUUUAACCUUUUUUUGCUACAAUUUUAUAUGUAUCUAGUGUUUUUGGUUUUAUGUUACUUUGUUUGCUGUCAAAAUUUAACAAUUUGGAAUGUAAAUUUUUCCUAUUUGCUUGGAACAUUACGGUUUGUUUGUUUGUGA